GAACCACCAACAACUAUACGACCAACAUGGCCCAGUCAUAUUUUCCAAGCCGUGUUGCCUCGCCUGUGAAAGAGGCGACCUUCAGCAGCGCGACCGAUCUCGAUAUGCACGCAGAACGACAGUUUAGGGCGGAGGAUGUCCAGGAGGCUUACAUCGAGAACAAGGACCGACUGGUCCAUGCCAUCGACCGCACAAAAUCGGUCUUGAACGGUAUCCGGAGCUUCAACAAGGACGAGUGGGUCGUUCGAUACCCCCAGUUAAGGGACCCAGCAAAGGAGGACCAGCCAUCGUCCUCUUCUUCCAACAAACCACCGGUUCGCAAGCAGGGCCGACGCUCGUUGUCAUUCUUCGACGACCCCAGUUUUGAAACCGAAGUCGUUGUCGAAUCACCGCGAGCAUCACCAAAACGCUCUGUGUCGAUGCCUAUCGUUACGGAGGAGGAGUCAGCAAGUUCACCCGAAGCGUCUAACAAGGAUGCCGAUGGUGUCCGUCUCAUUCCGGCAUCUGACUUCAACGUCCUCAAGUUGGACCUCAAGCUCGGAUCACACUCGUCAUCCACUGCCGCAUCUCUCGUUUCCCAACUUGAAAAAGCGUCCAUUGCGAAUUUGCUCGAUGAGCGCCUCGCCUCGUCUGUUUCACAUAUCGACAAACUCCGACUCCGGGUAGAGGAUACCUCGUCCAAGGUUCUCGUCACCGGUGACCUCAACGCCGGCAAAUCAACAUUUGUCAACGCCCUUCUUCGCCGAGAGGUCAUGCCCGUUGACCAACAGCCCUGCACAACCGCAUUCUGUGAAGUGCAUGAUGCAGCCGACAACGGCGGCAAGGAGGAAGUCCAUGUGCUCAAGGAUGGUGUGACUUAUGACAUCAAUGACGAUUCGACCUACACUUCUGUUCCCAUUGACGCUCUUGAGUCGGUGGUUUCAGAUAACGAGGACGAGCAACCUAUCAUCAAACUCUACCUUGCCGACACUCGGGCGCCCUCCGAGUCGCUGCUUAACAACGGUGUUGUCGACAUCUCUCUGAUCGACGCACCCGGUCUUAACCGCGACAGUAUGAAGACGACCGCCCUCUUUGCCCGCCAAGAAGAGAUCGACGUUGUCGUCUUUGUUGUCUCGGCAGAGAACCACUUUACCCUUUCGGCGAAGGAGUUCCUCAUCAACGCCAGCAGCGAGAAGGCCUACCUCUUCAUCGUCGUGAACAAGUACGAUCAGAUCAAGAACAAGGACAAGUGCCGUCGCCUCGUUCUCGAACAGAUUAAGCAACUCAGCCCAAGGACGUACGAGGACGCAGAAGACCUCGUCCACUUUGUCGAUUCGGCCGCCGCCCUCCAGCCAUACGCGGCCAACCCCGCCUUCGACGAUUUGGAGUCAUCGCUGAGGUCAUUCGUUCUCGUCAAGCGAUCCAAGUCCAAGUUGCAGCCCGUUUCCACCUACCUCUCCAAUCUCCUUGCCGACAUUGAACUUCUCGCCAGCGCCAACACCAUUGUCGCCGAUGCCGAAAUCCAGCGGGCCCGCGAGGACCUCUCCGAGAAGCGACCUGUUCUUGAAAAGAUGAAGAAGAACCGGGAUGUCCUUGAGAACUCUUUGGAGGCUGUCGAGGAGGAGGGCGCUACCAAGGCGUCCUCCGGUGCCAAGGCACUCCUCAACAGUGCUUUGGAGCGAGUUGCCAACGGCAAACUUGGUGUCGACCUGCCCCAAGUCUCCAUGCCCACUUACCCCGGCCUUUUGGGUAUUUGGGACUACGCACGCGACGUCCGACGGGCUUUGCUUGCCAGUAUUGAUGCUGCAGUCAAGCUUGCCGAGGAUGAAGCUCGCGUCAUUACCUCCAACGGUGUCGAGAAGAUCAAGGACUUGGGAGAGGAGCAUCUACCUGAGGGUGUGGAGCGGAGCAAGCGCGUCUUCAUGCCCGAGGCCAUGUUCGCCGUUUCUCGACGGGCUGGUCGUGGCCACAAGAGCCGACGAUCAGGCUCCUACAGCCACAUCGGUGGCGCCAUCGUUGCUGGUGGUCUCCAUGGUCUUGGUAUUGGUCUCGCUCAGCGCCAUGACUUGCUGGAAACCACCUUCUUCGACCUGUUCGAUGUCAACCACCAGUUCCUUGUGCACUUUGGUGACGGCAAGGAGGACUCGGAGGCGAUGACCCCCACGGCGCUCAGCGUUGUCAGCGUUGGCCUUGGCGCUCUCACCAUGGUUGGCGGACAAGCUGUUGGUGCCCGCGCGAUUAUCGAAGGCAUCGUCCGAGUCACCGACCUGCUCAACAACGAAACCGCCAGGAAGUGGGCUGCUCCCAUCCUUGGUGCCGUUACUCUCGGCGCAACCGCCUACCUCAUCCUCGAACUCCCUGCCUCCAUUCCUCGAACCGUCGGACGACGCAUCAAGGCGUCCAUCACCCGCGGCGACGGUACCCAGCACGAAGUCCAAUUCGUCGAUGCUCACGCUGAGCGAAUCAGCCGAGAGACGAGGAAGGUUCUUCGGUUGGCCUCGUGGGAUCUCCGUGAGCGGUUCCGUGGUGCGAUGGAGGAGCGCGCGAAGGAGGUUAGCGGUGCUGAGAAGUUAGAGAAGGAGGCGCUGAAAGCUAAGAACUACUUUGACGGUAUCAGCAAGGAGACGAUUGAUAUCAGGGAGGGUGCUCAGUUGGAGAGCAUUGGUGCUUGA